GAUCAAUACCACAGAAUGUUCGAUCAGAGACGAAACUCCUAUCGGAAGCUUUGACCUUUAUAUGUAAUCUCAAACUGGGGAACCUUGGUCGCAAUUUAGAUGUAGCGUUGAAAAGUGCGCCAAUAUUCAAAAUGUAAUACCACGACGAAUUUUGACUUUUUUUUUCAAAAAACAAAGAGUGUUUCGGAAACACAAAUAAUUUCGUGAACAUAAUUUGAUUUAAAAGAUUAUUCUCACUGUUACAUAUUCACUGUGUAUAUAAAUAAAUAUUCUCGUACAUUUGCGAGCAUUUUUAUUUUUAUAUUUAUAUUUAUACAAUUACACUAUGUAUUUUAUUAAAGAAUACUGAAAAUCGUACACACGCGCGCUCGAUAAAUAUCAUCAGAGUCCCACCGAUAAAUUCAUAGAACACAAUUUGCGCACGCAUGCGAACUGAAAAUCAGUGUUUAUAAAACUCCAAAGUUUCGUCUCUGACAAAGUACUGUGUGCUUCUGGUCGAAUAUUCUGUGUCAAUACUCCCGCUCGUGAGGACAUACAAAACACAAGUCGUCUUGCGAACAGGUACUGUUCUGCGUGUCCAAACAGGAUUCACCUGGGGAUCUAUACCUUUUACGCGCUUUUUUUUAAAUUUCUCGAGAUAAUUGAACGAUGAUUAAUUCUGUUUCUGUUCAUCAAUUACGUUACUAUGUUAAUUUUGAUUUGGAUUCCUUGGAAUGUAUGUGGAAUUCAUUUCUUCGUUUGUGCCCAGUCGGUUUCGGAGAUCUUUAAAAUCCUAUCGAGUGUUCGUAACAAUUAAUCGCUAAAAGUCGAUGUCCACCAUUGUUGCUGAAAUAUUAACCAAUCCUUGGUUGGUGUCAAAUGACGUCAAAAAAUCUAGGCGCAGAAUCACGCUCCUCGAAGGCUCUGGUGAUCGUGUGUCCUGUCGAAUUUUCGGCUGUCAUUUCGGACACUCAAUCUUUGUUCAGGUGUAACUUAUUUGAUAUUUUAAAGCUCAAUCGCUUUUUAAAGAGAACCUUCUACAUUUUACUCAUCUGCGUUAAUAACGCGAACUUUUAUCGCUAUAAACUUGUAGAGAAUAUUUAUGUCUUACCUACACAACUAAGUAUUAAGCUUUCAAAGAUGGCAUCCGAAGUAAUAGUGAAAUUGCCAAAAGUACCAACGGUAUCAACAUCGUCAGUUCCAAAAGUACCAUUUCCUCAAGGAAAGAAACCACCAUCUGACAUAGUAGCUCAGUUAGAACAAAAUAUGAAAUUUUUGCAAGAACAACAUCAAGCAACAUUAGUGGCUUUACAUGAAGAAGUAGAUUCUCUGCGUCAAAGAAAUAGAGAUUUACAGUUUCAAUUGGUAUUUUCCAAAGGAUCUGCUUUUGUGCCUAGCAGUCCUUCAUCCCCUGAAGAUAAUGAAACUGGGUUUGUGAAACCAAAGGAUAGCCCAGGAUGCGUAAAUGUUGCACCAUUGCAGGUGGAACUAUUGGAGAAAGAUUUGCAAGAUAUUAAGAUAUCUUUGCAAGAAGCUAAGACACAAAAUCAGUAUUUGUCGGAGAUCGUUGAACAACAGAAAAAGAAAUUGGAUUCCUCGAUGGAACAGAAAACAAUCAAACAAUCGGUAACAGAUGUAGGAAUCCAAAUCGAUUGCUUUCGACUAAAUCAGAUCGACGAGGCAGACUUGAGAUGCGUAGAAUCGAUGAUAAAACAGCUAAUGAAACAGAUCGUAGAUCAAAGGAAAGAAAUUGAAAAGUUGAAGGAAGUAUUAGAAAAUGCAGCGAGCGUUAAUAAAGGUGCUCGUUCUCGCGACAGUAACAACGGUCAUCAUAAUCGUGUAUCACCUACGAGUUCCACGCAGGAACAAAUUCCUCAUAAAUUUCCGCCUUUACAGAGCCAGAGUUAUUGGCAUCGCAGGACGUCUAGGAAUGGAAGAAACCGGCACGAUAAACAAGAUCAUCAGUCGGAAGUGGACUUCACGAUGUUACCGCAACUUCAAAACGAUAGUAUGACAUUGGAUACGGUAAUUACCGAAUCUCAAUUUCAUCAGAGACCCGCUUAUCGCAAUUACUGUCGCGAGAAAAUUGACAAAAUCCGCCGAAAUUAUUGGCUUCACACAUCGCAGAAAGAUCGAAGAGAUACUGAUAACAAUCAUCAUCACCACCAACAUCAACAUCAUCAUCAUCAUCAUAAUAAUCACAAUAAUCAUAACAAUCAUAAUAAUCAUAAUAACCAUCAUGAUCAUCGACGGGAUUACAAGGACAGAAAUUCAAAGGGGCAUCAAAAAGAAUUUGUAGAUUCGGCGGAAGGCUCGAGAGAAGCAGAUAAAUCAACUGCUAGUAAAUCAUAAAUGCAUAACAGUCUGCAAAAAUAUUAGAUGCGCGACAGAUGCGUUUUGUUCUCUACCUAAAUACAGGUGAUAAUAAGGAAUAUUUCAAUAGCGAUAUAUUUGUUAAUAAGAGAAUAAUCUACUUUUUCUUCUACCUGCUUAAAACUGAUAAUUAAUGUUAAUUACAUACGUACAGGCUUGCCAUAGGUUAGUGAUAAUACUGAAUUGAGAUUAUAUGAACUUUAAUGUGAAAAUCUAGUCCAAUUUUACUCAUUGUAGGCUACCAUUGUAAAGGUAGAAUGUCUGUGCUUUAUGAAUCAGUGAUAAUUAGUAAAUACAAUUACUUGUGCUAUUAUGAACUAAAAAAAAAAGGAUAAUUGUUUCAUUUUUACUGCGAGAAACAAUAACAUACUUCUUUUUUAAGAAAAAGUCGAUCAUAAUCAUGAUACGGUAAUGAUGAUGAUGAUGAGAUGAUAAUGGUGAUGACGGCAUGAUGAUGAUGACGAUGGUGAUGAUGAUGAUGAUGAUGAUGAUGAUGGCAGUGAAGAUGUUGGCGAUGAUAAUAAUAAAAGAAAAUAUACGACCAAUAUUUAUAUGAUGUUAGUUUCUCAGGCUUAAAUUGACCAAUGCUUAAGCUUAAUACGCGCGCAAUAUUUCAGUACACUGUGUACGUGUAUUACAUUUUUAUUUACAGGUUACUGAGUAUUAUUUAUUGUGAUAUUAUAGAUUUCAUAUAGUUUUACAGGUGACGUUAGCAAUGUCGUUGUAUGAUCACGCUGUUGUCAAUGUUACAUCCAAAUACUUUGUCAGUUCUAAGAAUCAUAUAUUACGUUUCGAUCAGUAUAGGGAGAUACAAAUGAACAAUUUAUUAUAAUUGUAAAAAAAUCAUUAAAUUAAACAUCUUUUCUCUCUU